AUGUCGCAACGUGAACGACGAAAUCGGGAAUGGGAUGUGCGCGCUUCGACGUUGGCUCGCAAUACCCAUAACCUGAUCAGGAGUAUCGUGGAGAAUCUCCAAGUAGAGCCCAAUCCGAGCAAGCCUUUUAUUGCCCUCUCAGUCGGUGAUCCAACAACUUUUGGCAAUCUCAAUCCCCCGGAACAAGUCAUACAAGCAGUGCGAGAAAGUGUUGAAUUACAUACGAGCCGUGGCUAUGGUCCCGCAAAAGGCCACCAGGAAGCAAGAGAGGCAGUAGUCGAAUACAGUGCCCACCAAGGCGACAUAACUCCAGAAGAUGUCAUACUUUGCAGUGGUUGUUCACACGCAAUAGAGCUGGUUAUUUCAGUCCUCGCUGACUCCGGUCAAAACAUCAUUGUGCCUAGGCCGGGAUUUAUGAUAUAUAAAACCCUCGCAGAAGGUUUAGGAAUAGUUAUAAAAUAUUAUAGAUUGUUGCCAGAUGAGCAGUGGAAGGUUGAUUUGGACGACUUAGAGAAUCAGAUCGACGAGGACACUGCAGCAAUAGUUGUGAUAAACCCAUCGAAUCCAUGUGGCUCUGUAUACAACAAAGAACAUUUAAAUGAAAUAUUAGACAUAGCUUCUAGAAAUCGAGUGCCGAUUAUAGCUGAUGAAAUAUAUGAACACUUCGUAUUUUCCGGUAAAGAGGUGCGCAAAGGUUUAGCAAAUAUAUCAUCUAGGAUACUAGGUCCUAGCACGUUGAUACAACGGGCACUGCCAGCAAUACUAAGAUAUACCCCACAGAGUUUCUUCGAUGAUGUGGUACUCUUUAUUGAGAGCCAAGCUAAACUGGCUUACGAGGAGUUACGCCGAGCACCAGGUUUACGCCCCAUCAUGCCGCAAGGAGCAAUGUACAUGAUGGUGGAAAUAAAAAUAUCGCUCUUUCCUGAAUUUAAAAACGAGUUACAAUUUGUGGAAACAAUGGUAUCAGAGCAGUCGGUGUUUUGCUUACCUGGCCGGUGCUUUGAGUACCCAAAUUAUAUGCGAAUCGUAUUGACAGUGCCCGAAGAAAUUCUUCGUGAAGCAUGCCAGAGGUUAAUAAUUUUUUGUAAAGACCACAUAAAUAUAGAAGAAAAGUGCAAACAGAUAGAGAACAAUAUCAUACCAGUGACAAAUGAAACCGAAGUAAUUUGUGAUAAU